AUGAAUUCAAAUGACACUGUCUUCAGUGGAUUUGCUGGUGGACAUGAUUCAGUUCCUGGUGUAGGAAAUGUUCCUCCAUCAACAGGUGGUUCUGAGCAGAUCAAUGUAUCUAUGAAUUCUCAAUUAGAUGCUCACACUCAUGUUGAUCCAACUCAUUUUCCUGGUAUUGUUCAUUGGGGUCCAGAACAAGUUAUUGCAAGAACACUACCUGCACAUCCGCCAGUUGAUAAAUAA